UCUGGUAUGUUCUAGAGUAUAGACAAACAAAAGCUGCGUCUGUUUGCAAAGCUAAAGAAAAAGAACCAAAUGAAAGCGGGAAAUGGCGCUAUGGAUGGAAAACGGUUCAGAGCCACUAACAGAAGCCGAGAAGGCAGACCUUGAAGCCAUUGCUGCCAUCAAAGAAUCCGCAGCCAUUGAACUCAAGGAAAAGGGUAACGAGUAUGUGAAGAAGGGUAAGAAGCAUUACUCUGAAGCAAUUGAUUGCUACACAAGGGCGAUUAAUCAGAAAGCAUUGAGUGAUUCUGAGAGCUCUGUUCUUUUUGCGAACAGAGCGCAUGUCAAUUUGCUUCUUGGGAACCAUAGGCGUGCCCUCACUGAUGCUCAACAAGCACUCAACUUGUCCCCUUCCAACAUAAAGGCAAUUUAUAGGGCUGUCAAAGCAUCUCUAUCACUGAAUUUAUUGGCUGAAGCACAAGACUUCUGCCGAAAGGGUCUUGAGUUGGACCCCAAUAAUGAGGAAUUUAAGAGGCUUGACCAACAGAUUCGUACGAAGAUAUCGGAGAAGGAGAAGCGUGAGGCUGAAGUCUCCAAAGCCAUAUUGGAGGCAAAAGAACUUGUGUCUGCAAUAGAAAAUAGAGGCUUGAAGAUUGGAAAGGCAAUAUAUCGAGAACUCACCGGGUUAAAGAAACCGGUGUUAGACAAAAAUAAUAUCCUUCAUUGGCCUGUCCUUCUUCUUUAUGCAGAGGUUAUGUCCAGUGAUUUCAUUGAGGAUUUCUGUGAGACUGACAUGCUUUCAGUCCACCUUGAUAUGAUGUUUUCAGCAGACCAACCACUCCCAUGGGAUGUUGAAAACAAUUACAAACGUGAUUUUGUUGAAUUAUACUAUGAGGCUGGCUCUGGAGUUCGUCUAUCAAAGGAGAAACUUCUUCAUUGUUUAUUAGAGGGAACUGCAGCUUCUCAUGUUGGUGAUGAAGAGAAAGAUGCAGUUGAGGAUUUUAAACACAGUGCAGGUUCCCCAAAAUGGAUCAAAGUAAAUGAGAAGAAAAUGCUCCAAGAUAUCCUCAAAGAACCUAAUUUCGUAAUCCCAGAAAUCCCAGUCUUCUAUGUUGUUUCCAAGCAAUCCAGCUUUUAUAGCAAGUUCAAAUCUGGAAAAUGGGCUCCUCCAAGCAUAUGAAAGCAAAGCAACAAAGGAAGGGCUUCAAGGUAGCUAUUAGCUAAUAUACCUUUAGUUGUUAUUAUAGCCACUAAAUUCAAGAGUUCAUUUACCAACUUGGAGUCUGAAUACUGUUCAUAAUUCAUAGUUAUCCACUGUUUCCAAAAAUUUUGGAUUCAAAACCUUCGUUAUCUGCCAGUUGUUAUUUGGUGAGUCAAAUUUUGAGGUUACAUUAGUGUCACAUUAAUAAUGAACAAAGGAAAAAACUUGCAUGAAUGUGUCUUAUUCUUUUCUAGGCAAGUGAACAAAGAAAUAUGAUGUAUCAUUUGUUGUAAUAUUAGGGGUUUCUUCAGUACCCUUAUAAGAUCUAAUAAUAGUCUUUGGAUAUCUGACUAUUA